GUCCGCUCUGCCCGGGCUGCGGCGGUGCAGGGAACCUGGCGUCCCUACCAGCCGCCCCUUCCCAAACUGUUUGAUCUCAAAGAAGGGAUGCCCUCUGCAUCUUUAUUAGUAAAUCUCCUCUCAGCUUUAUCCAUCUCUUAUGUGUUUGGAGAAACAGAAAUAAGGUUUGCCGGACAGACAACAUUUGUAGUUAAUGAAACAAGUACAACGGUUAUUCGUCUUGUCAUCGAAAGGAUAGGAGAGCCAGCAAAUGUCACUGCAAUUGUAUCGCUGUAUGGAGAUGACACUGGUGACUUUUUUGACACAUAUGCUGCAGCUUUUAUACCUGUUGGAGAAACAAAUAGAACAGUGUACAUAGCAGUAUGUGAUGAUGACUUGCCAGAGCCCGACGAAACUUUUACUUUUCACUUGACAUUCCAGAAACCUUCAGCAAAUGUGAAGCUUGGAUGGCCAAGGACUGUUACGGUGACAAUAUUAUCAAAUGACAAUGCAUUUGGAAUUAUUUCAUUUAAUAUGCCUUUUUCAAUCACAGUGAGUGAACCUAGGGGCAGAAAUGAAUCUGUGCCUCUUACUCUCAUCAGAGAAAAAGGAACUUAUGGAAUGGUCACUGUGACUUUUGAGGUAGAGGGUGGCCCAAAUCCACCUGAAGAAGAUUUGAGCCCAGUUAAAGGAAAUAUCACCUUUCCCCCUGGCAGAGCAACAGUAGUUUAUAACUUGACAGUACUUGACGAUGAGGUACCAGAAAAUGAUGAAAUAUUUUUGAUUCAACUGAAAAGUGUAGAAGGAGGAGCUGAGAUCAACAUCUCUAGGAGCUCAGUUGAGAUAAUCAUUAAGAAAAAUGAUAGUCCCGUGAGAUUCAUUCAAAGUGUUUAUUUGGUACCCGAGGAAGAUCACAUACUCAUAAUUCCAGUGGUUCGUGGGAAAGAUGACAGUGGGAAUCUGAUUGGAUCUGAUGAAUACGAAGUUUCAAUCAGUUAUGUUGUUAUAACCGGGAAUUCAACAGCACAUGCCCAGCAGAACUUAGAUUUCAUUGAUCUUCAGCCAACCACAACUAUUGUUUUUCCACCUUUUAUUCAUGAAUCACACCUAAAAUUUCACAUAGUUGAUGACACCAUUCCAGAGAUUGCUGAAUCAUUUCAUGUUGUAUUAUUAAAAGAUACCUUGCAGGGAGAUGCUGUGCUCUUAGGCCCUUCUACUGUGCAGGUCACAAUUAAGCCAAAUGACAAACCUUAUGGAGUCCUCUCAUUCAACAGUAUCUUGUUUGAAAGGACAGUGGUAAUUGAUGAAGAUACAACAUCAAGAUUUGAAGACAUUACAGUGGUUAGGAAUGGUGGCACCCAUGGGAAUAUUUCUGUGAACUGGGAAUUGACACGGAAUAGCAGUGAUGCUUCACCGGUAAUAGCAGAUAUCAGACCAAGUUCCGGAGUUCUCCAUUUUGCACAAGGGCAGAUGUUGGCAUCAAUUCCUCUUACUAUCAUUAAUGAUGAUUUUCCGGAAGAGGCAGAAGCUUAUCUACUUCGGAUUCUGCCUCAUACUAUAAGAGGAGGUGCAGAAGUGAGCGAACCAGCAGAGCUUUUGUUCUACAUUCAGGAUAGUGAUGAUGUUUAUGGCCUAAUAAUAUUUUUUCCUAUGGAACACCAGAAGAUUGAAAGCAGCCCGGGUGAACGAUAUUUAUCCCUGAGUUUUACAAGACUAGGAGGAACCAAAGGAGAUGUGAACAUGUUUUAUUCUGCACUUUAUAUUCCUGCUGGAGCUGUAGACCCUUUGCGAGCAAAAGAUGGCAUCUUAAAUACAUCCAGGAGAAAUAACCUCAUUUUUCCAGAGCAGAAAACCCAAGUUACUACAAAAUUACCAAUAAGAAAUGAUGCAUUCCUUCAAAAUGGGGCCCACUUUCUAGUAAAGUUGGAAACUGUGGAGUUGGUGAACAUAAUUCCCCCAAUCCCACCUAUAAGUCCUAGAUUUGGGAAAAUCCAAAAUAUUUCUUUAGCGGUUACUCCGGACAUUGCAAAUGGAGAAAUUGGCUUCAUUAGCAACCUUCCAAUCAUUUUGCAUGAACCAGAAGAUUCUGCUGCUGAAGUGGUCUACAUUCCCUUACAUCGAGAUGGAACUGAUGGCCAGGCUACUGUCUAUUGGAGUUUGAAGCCCUCUGGCUUUAAUUCAAAAGCAGUGACCCUGGACGAUAUAGGUCCCUUUAAUGGCUCUGUUGUGUUUUUAUCUGGGCAAAGUGACACAACAAUCAACAUUACGGUCAAAGCUGAUGAUACACCGGAAAUGAAUGAGACGGUAACACUUUCUCUAGACAGGGUCAGUGUGGAAAAUCAAGUGCUAAAAUCUGGAUAUACUAGCCGUGACCUAAUUAUUUUGGAAAAUGAUGAUCCUGGGGGAGUUUUUGAAUUUUCUCCUACAUCUAGAGGACCCUAUGUUAUAAAAGAAGGGGAAUCUGUAGAGCUCCAUAUCACCCGAUCCAGGGGAGCUCUGGUUAAGCAGUUUCUACACUACCGAGUAGAGCCGAGAGAUAGCAAUGAAUUCUACGGAAACACAGGGGUGCUAGAAUUUAAACCUGGGGAACGAGAGAUCGUAAUCACAUUGUUAUCAAGAUUGGAUGGGAUACCGGAGUUGGAUGAACACUACUGGGUGGUCCUCAGCAGCCAUGGUGAACGGGAAAGCAAGUUGGGAAGUGCCACGGUUGUCAACAUAACGAUUCUAAAAAACGACGAUCCUCAUGGGAUUAUAGAGUUUGUUUCUGAUGAUCUAAUUGUUAUGAUCAAUGAAAGUAAAGGAGACGAUACCUAUAGUGCUGUUUAUGAUGUAGUAAGAAAUCGAGGCAUCUUUGGUGUUGUUAGUGUAUCAUGGGUGGUUUGUCCAGACUUUACACAAGAUGUGUUUCCUGUCCAAGGGACUAUUUUCUUUGGAGAUCAGGAAUUUUCGAAAAAUAUCACCAUUUAUUCCCUCCCAGAUGAGAUUCCAGAGGAAAUGGAGGAAUUCACCAUUACUCUACUUAAUGCCACUGGAGGAGCUAAAAUAGGAAAUAGAACUACUGCAACUCUGAGGAUUAGAAGAAAUGAUGACCCCAUUUAUUUUGCAGAACCUCGUGUGGUGAGAGUUCAGGAAGGUGAGACUGCUAACUUUACCGUUCUCAGAAAUGGAUCUGUGGAUGUUGCCUGCACUGUCCAAUAUGCUACCAUGGAUGGGAAGGCUACCGCAAGAGAGGGAGACUUUGUUCCUGUUGAAAAGGGAGAAGCGCUCGUUUUUGCGGUUGGAAAUAGGAAGCAGAGGAUAUCUGUCUUCAUUAAUGAAGAUGAUAUCCCAGAAACAGAUGAGUCUUUUUAUAUAAUCCUCUUUAAUUCAACAGGUGAUACAGUAGUAUAUCAAUAUGGAAUAGCUACAGUGAUAAUUGAAGCUAAUGAUGACCCAAAUGGCAUUUUUUCUCUGGAGCCCAUAGACAAAGCAGUAGAAGAAGGAAAGACUAAUGCAUUUUGGAUUUUGAGGCAUCGCGGACACUUUGGCAAUGUUUCUGUGGCUUGGCAGCUGUUUGAGAAUGAUUCUGCUUUGCAGCCUGGACAGGAGUUCUAUGAAACUUCAGGGAUUGUUAAUUUUAUGGAUGGUGAAGAAGCCAAACCAAUAAUUCUCCAUGCUUUUCCAGAUAAAAUUCCUGAAUUCAAUGAAUUUUAUAUUUUAAAGCUUGUAAACAUUUCAGGUGGAUCUCCAGGUCCUGGGGGCCAACUAGCAGGAACCAACCUCCAGGUGACAGUAAUGAUUCCAUUUAAUGAUGAUCCCUUUGGAAUUUUCAUCUUGGAUCCAGAGUGCUUAGAGAGAGAAGUUGCAGAAGAUGUCCUGUCAGAAGACGAUAUGUCUUAUAUUACCAAUUUUACCAUUUUGAGGCAGCAGGGCGUGUUUGGUGAUGUACGAGUAGGCUGGGAAAUACUGUCCAGUGAGUUCACUGAUGGUUUGCCCCCAAUGAUAGAUUUUUUGCUAGUUGGAAUUUUCCCCAGCACUGUGCAUUUACAGCCGCACAUGCGGCGUCACCACAGUGGAACAGAUGCUUUGUACUUCAGUGGAGUAGAGGGUGCAUUUGGAACUGUUCAUCCAAAAUACCAUCCUUCCAAGAACAACUCAAUUGCCAACUUUACGUUUUCAGCUUGGGUAAUCCCCGAUGCCAAUACAAAUGGAUUUGUUAUAGCAAAGGAUGAUGGUAAUGGAAGCAUCUACUAUGGGGUAAAAAUUCAAACAAAUGAAUCCCAUGUGACACUUUCUCUUCAUUACAAAACUUUGGGUUCCAAUGCUACAUAUAUUGCCAAGACAACAGUCACGAAAUAUUUAGAAGAAAAUGUUUGGCUUCAUCUUCUCAUUGUCCUGGAUGAUGGUAUAAUUGAAUUCUACCUUGAUGGAAAUGCGAUGCCCAGAGGAAUCAAGAGUCUGAAAGGAGAAGCCAUUAUUGAUGGGCCUGGAAUGCUGAGGAUUGGGGCAGGAAUGAAUGGCAAUGACAGAUUUACAGGUUUGAUGCAGGAUGUGAGGUCCUAUGAGCGGAAACUGACUGUUGAAGAAAUUUAUGAACUUCAUGCUAUGCCAGCCAAGAGUGACUUACAUCCUGUUUCUGGAUAUCUGGAGUUCAGACAAGGAGAAACUAACAAAUCAUUCAUUAUUUCUGCAAGAGAUGAUAAUGAAGAGGAGGGAGAGGAAUUAUUCAUUCUUAAACUAGUCUCUGUAUAUGGAGGAGCUCGCAUUUCUGAAGAGAAUACUACAGCAAGAUUAAUAAUACAAAAAAGUGACAACGCCAAUGGCUUGUUUGGUUUCACAGGAACUUGUAUCCCAGAGAUUGCAGAGGAGGGAUCCACCAUUUCAUGUGUGGUGGAACGAACCAGAGGAGCUCUGGAUUAUGUGCAUGUUUUUUAUACCAUCUCACAGAUCGAAUCUGAAGGCAUUAAUUACCUUGUUGAUGAUUUUGCUAAUGCCAGUGGAACUAUCACGUUCCUUCCUUGGCAGAGAUCUGAGGUUCUGAAUAUAUAUGUUGUUGAUGAUGAUAUUCCUGAGCUUAAUGAGUAUUUCCGUGUGACCCUGGUUUCUGCAAUUCCUGGAGAUGGGAAGCUGGGAUCCAUCCCCACCAGUGGUGCAAGCAUAGACCCUGAAAAGGAAACAACAGAUAUCACCAUCAAAGCUAGUGAUCACCCAUAUGGCUUGCUGCAGUUCUCCACAGGGCUGCCCCCUGAGCCUGAGGACGCGAUGACCCUGCCUGCAAGCAGCAUGCCUCACGUCACCGUGCAGGAGGAAGAUGGAGAAGUGAGACUAUUGGUCGUCCGGGCACAAGGACUCCUGGGGAGGGUUCUGGCGGAAUUUAGGACGGUGUCACUGACAGCAUUUAGUCCUGAGGACUACCAGAGUGUUUCUGGUACCUUAGAAUUUCAACCAGGAGAAAGAUACAAGUACAUUUCUGUUAACAUCACUGAUAAUUCUGUCCCUGAAUUGGAAAAAUCUUUUAAAGUUGAGUUAUUGAACUUGGAGGGAGGAGUGACUGAAUUCUUUAGGGUUGAUGGCAGUGGUAGUGGUGACGGGGACAUGGAAUUCUUCCUUCCAACUAUUCACAAACAUGCCAGUCUAGGAGUGGCUUCACAAAUUCUAGUGACAAUUGCAGCCUCUGACCAUGCUCAUGGUGUAUUUGAAUUUAGCCCUGAGUCACUCUUUGUCAGUGGAACUGAACCAGAAGAUGGGUACAGCACUGUUACAUUAAAUAUUCUGAGAAACCAUGGAGCUCUGUCUCAAGUGACUUUGCUUUGGAGCAUAGACUCUGAUCCUGAUGGCGAUCUUGCCUUCACCUCUGGCAAUGUCACAUUUGAGAUUGGGCAGAAGAGUGUCAACAUCACAGUGGAAAUACUUCCGGAUGAAGAUCCAGAACUGGAUAAGGCCUUCUCUGUGUCAAUCAUCAGUGUGUCCAGUGGCUCUUUGGGAGUUCACACUAAUGCCACAUUAACAGUUUUGGCUAGUGAUGAUCCUUGUGGGGUCUUCAUCUUUUCCGAGAAAAAUAGGCCUAUCAAAGUUGAAGAAGCAACCCAGAAUAUCACACUAUCAGUGAUAAGGUUAAAAGGCCUCAUGGGAAAAGUCAUAGUCACAUAUGCAACACUGGAUGAUAUGGAAAAACCACCUUAUUUUCCACCCAGUAUAGCCAGAGCAACUCAAGGAAGAGACUAUAUGCCAGCUUCUGGAUUUGCUCUUUUCAGAGCCAAUCAGAGUGAGGCAACCAUAACUAUUUCAGUUUUGGAUGACGAUGAACCAGAAAGGUCGGAGUCUGUGUUUGUUGAACUCCUCAACUCUACUUUAAUAGAGAAAGUACAGAAUCGCCCAAUUCCAAAUUCCCCACGCCUUGGGCCUAAGGUCGAAACCAUUGCUCAUCUAAUCAUCAUUGCCAAUGACGAUGCAUUUGGAACUCUUCAGCUCUCGGCACCAGUUGUUCGAGUGGCAGAAAAUCACGUUGGACCCAUUAUCAAUGUGACUAGAGCAGGAGGAGCAUUCGCAGAUGUUUCUGUGAAGUUUAAAGCCGUGCCAAUAACUGCAGUGGCGGGUGAAGAUUAUAGCAUAGCUUCAUCGGAUGUGGUCUUGCUAGAAGGGGAAACCAGUAAAGCUGUGCCAAUAUACAUCAUUAAUGACAUCUACCCUGAACUGGAAGAAUCUUUUCUUGUGCAACUGCUGAAUGAGACAACAGGAGGAGCCAAACUAGGGGUGUUAACAGAGGCGAUCAUUAUCAUUGAGGCCUCUGAUGACCCCUAUGGAUUAUUUGGUUUUCAGAUUACUAAAUUUAUUGUAGAGGAACCUGAGUUUAACUCAGUGAAGGUAAACCUGCCAAUAAUUCGAAAUUCUGGGACACUCGGCAAUGUUACUGUUCAGUGGGUCGCCACCAUUAAUGGACAGCUUGCUACUGGUGACCUGCAAGUUGUCUCAGGUAAUGUGACCUUUGCCCCUGGGGAAACCAUUCAAACCUUGUUGUUAGAGGUCCUGGCUGACGACGUUCCGGAGAUCGAAGAGGUUAUCCAAGUGCAGCUAACUGAUGCCUCUGGUGGAGGUACUAUUGGGUUAGAUCGAGUGGCAAAUAUUAUUAUUCCUGCCAAUGAUAAUCCUUAUGGUACAGUAGCCUUUGUUCAGUCGGUUUAUCGUGUUCAAGAGCCUCUGGAGCGAAGUUCCUGUGCUAACAUAACUGUCAGGCGAAGCGGAGGGCACUUUGGUCGGCUGUUGUUGUUCUACAGUACUUCUGAUAUUGAUGUAGUGGCUCUUGCGGUGGAGGAAGGUCAAGAUUUACUGUCCUACUAUGAAUCGCCAAUUCAAGGGGUGCCUGACCCACUGUGGAGAACUUGGGUGAAUGUCUCUGCAAGGGAGGAACCCCAGUAUACCUGUGCCACUUUGUGUCUCAAAGAACAUGCAUGCUUGGCAUUUUCAUUUUUCAGUGCUUCUGAGGGCCCCCACUGUUUUUGGAUGACAUCAUGGAUCAGUCCACUGGUUAACAUCUCAGACUCCUGGACCUACAGGAAAAACAUGACAAGGGUAGCAUCUCUGUUUAGUGGUCAGGCUGUGGCUGGGAGUGACUAUGAGCCUGUGACAAGGCAAUGGGCCAUAAUGCUGGAAGGUGAUGAAUUUGCAAAUCUCACAGUUUCUAUUCUUCCUGAUGAUUUCCCAGAGAUGGAUGAGAGUUUUCUAAUUUCUCUCCUUGAAGUUCACCUCAUGAACAUCACAGCCAGUUUUGAAAACCAACCAACCAUAGGACAGCCAAAUACUUCUACAGUUGUCAUAGCAUUAAAUGGUGAUGCCUUUGGAGUGUUUGUGAUCUACAGUAUUAGUCCCAAUACCUCAGAAGAUGGCUUAUAUGUCGAAGUUCAGGAACAGCCCCAAACCACAGUGGAGCUGAUGAUCCUCAGGACGGGGGGCAGCUUAGGUCAGGUGACAGUCGAAUGGCGUGUUGUUGGUGGAACUGCUACUGAAGGUUUAGAUUUUGUAGGUGCUGGAGAUAUUCUGACUUUUGCUGAAGGUGAAACCAAAAAGACGGCCGUCUUAGCCAUUUUGGAUGAUUCCGAGCCAGAGGAUGAUGAAAGCAUCAUAGUUAGUUUGGUGUACACUGGGGGAAGUAGAAUUUUGCCCAGCUCCAGCACUGUUAGAGUGAAUAUUUUGGCCAAUGACAACGUGGCGGGAAUUGUUAGUUUUCACACAACUUCGAGAUCUGUCAUAGGCCAUGAAGGAGAAAUUUUGCAAUUCCAUGUGGUAAGAACACCCCCUGGUCGAGGAAAUGUUUCUGUUAACUGGAAAAUUAUUGGGGAAAAUCUAGAACUCAAUUUUGGUAACUCUACCGGACAACUCUUCUUUCCUGAGGGGUCAUUGAAUAAAACGAUAUUUGUGCAUUUGUUUGAUGACAACAUUCCUGAAGAGAAAGAAGUAUACCAAGUCCUUCUCUAUGAUGUCAGGACACAAGGGGUUCCACCAGCAGGAAUUGCUCUGUUGGAUGCUCAAGGAUAUGCAGCUGUCCUGACUGUAGAAGCCAGUGAUGAACCGCAUGGAGUUUUAAAUUUUGCUCUUUCAUCAAGAUUUGUUUUGCUACAGGAGGCUAACAUGACAGUUCAGCUUUUCAUCAACAGAGAAUUUGGAUCUCUAGGAGCCAUUAAUGUCACAUAUACCACGGUUCCUGGAAUGUUGAGUCUAAAGAACCAAACAGAAGGAAACCUUGCUGAGCCAGAUGUUGACUUUGUCUCAGUAGUUGGCUUUCUGAUUUUAGAAGAAGGGGAAACAGCAGCAGCCAUCAACAUUACUAUACUUGAGGACGACAUACCAGAGCUAGAAGAAUAUUUCCUUGUGAAUUUAACUUAUGUUGACCUUAUCAUGGCUCCUUUAACUUCAUUUCCUCCUAGACUAGAUUCAGAGGGCUUGACUGCACAAAUUAUUAUCGAUGCCAAUGAUGGUGCACGAGGUGUAAUCGAAUGGCAACAUAGCAGGUUUGCAGUAAAUGAAACCAAAGGAAGUUUAACAUUGGUAGCUCAGCGAAGCAAAAGGACUCUUGGCCAUGUUUCCUUGUUUGUAUAUGCCCAGAAUUUGGAAGCACAGCUGGGGCUGGAUUACAUCUUCACCCCAUCGGUUCUUCGUUUUGUUGAUGGAGAAAGGUAUAAAAAUAUUGACAUCGUGAUUCUUGAUGAUGACAUUCCAGAAGGAGAUGAAACAUUUCAGCUGGUUUUAACAAAUCCUUCUCCUGGACUAGAGCUGGGGGAAAAAACAAUAGCAUUAAUUACCAUCCUUGCUAAUGAUGAUGGCCCUGGAGUCCUAUCAUUUAACAACAGUGAGCACUUUUUCCUAAGAGAACCGACAGCUCUCUACAUACAGGAGAGUAGUGCACUAUUGUAUGUUGUUCGGGAACCUGCACAAGGACUCUUUGGAACUGUGACAGUUCAGUUCAUUGUGACAGAGGUAAACUCCUCAGUGGAGUCCAAAGAUCUGACCCCUGUCAAAGGCUACAUUGUUUUAGAAGAAGGUGUUCGUUUCAAGGCCCUACACAUUUCUGCCAUAUUGGACACUGAACCAGAGAUGGAUGAGCAUUUUGUAUGCACCUUGUUUAAUCCGACUGGAGGUGCUAGACUGGGGGCACAUGUUCAAACCCUGAUAACAGUUUUGCAAAACCAGGCCCCUCUGGGGUUAUUCAGUAUCUCUGCAGUUGCAAAUAGAACCAUGUUUAUAGACGUUGAAGAAGCCAACAGGACUGUAUAUUUAAACGUGUCACGCACUAAUGGCAUUGAUUUAGCUGUGAGUGUGGAGUGGGAGACAGUAUCUGAAACAGCCUUUGGCAUGAGGGGAAUGGAUGCUGUGUUUUCCAUAGUUCAGAGUUUUUUGGAUGCAUCACCUUCUGGUUGGUGUUUCUUUAUUUUGGAAGAUUCAAUUUAUGGUGUAAUGUUAAGAAAAGUGUCUUCUACUAUUUAUCGAUGGCAAGGGAUUUUUAUACCACUUGAGGAUUUAAAUAUAGAAAAUCCUAAAACUUGUGAGGCAUUUAAUAUUGGUGUUUCCCCUUACUUUGUGAUUACUCAUGAAGAAAGAAAUGAAGAAAAGCCUUCCGUUAUCAGUGUGUAUACAUUCACAUCUGGAUUCAAAUUAUUCUUGGUACAAACGAUCAUUAUUUCGGAAAGUUCUCAAGUAAAAUAUUUUAGUUCAGACAAUCAAGAUUAUUUAAUUGUUGCCAGUCAAAGAGAUGAUUCUGAAUUAACUCAGGUCUUCAGAUGGAGCGGAGAAAGCUUCACCUUGCAUCAGACACUUCCUGUCCGAGGUGUGCUGAGCAUAGCCUUGUUCACCCGAAGAGGCUCUGUGUUCUUAGCCAUUUCCCAGGUUAAUGCCAGGCUAAAUUCCCUUUUACUCAGAUGGUCUGGCAGUGAGUUUAUUAAGUUUCAAGAAGUGCCAAUUAGUGGGACAACACAAGUUGAGGCCUUGACUUCAGGAGAUGAUAUUUACUUAAUCUUUGCUAAAACUCUCUCUCUAGGAAAUCAGAAUUCAAUUGAUAUUUUCAUCUGGGAGACAGGACAGUCUUCUUUCAGAUAUUUUCAAUCCCUGGAUUUUACUACCAUUAAUAGGAUCUACGCCUUUACACCAGCUUCAGGAAUAGUCCACAUACUUCUUAUUGGCCAAGAUAUGUCUGCACUUUACUGCUGGAAUUCAGAGCUGAAUCAAUUCUCUUUUAUUCUGGAAGCACCUUCUGCUCAUGAUGCAGCUUCUGUUACAGUAAAGUCCCUUAAUUCAAGCAAGAAUUUAAUUGCUCUAGUGGGAACCAGGCACUCACACAUAUAUGAGCUGGCCUACAUCUCCAGCCAGUCUGACUUUAUUCCUAGUUCAGGUGAACUGAUAUUUGAACCUGGUGACAGAGAAGCUGUAAUAGUGGUAAAUGUCCUUGAUGAUACAGUUCCAGAAGAAGAAGAAUUCUUCAGAGUUGAGCUUAAAAAUCCCAAAGGAGGAGCAGAGAUUGGUAUUAAUGGUUAUGUAAAAAUAACUAUUCUGUCUAAUGAUGAUGCCUAUGGAGUCGUUGGAUUUGCUCAGAAUUCAUUAUAUAAGCAAGUGGAAGAAAUGGAGCAAGAUAGCUUAGUAACCUUGAAUGUUGAGCGCUUAAAAGGAACAUAUGGUCGUAUAACCACAGCAUGGGAAGCUGACGGAAGUAUUAGUGAUGUAUUUCCUACCUCAGGAGUGAUUUCAUUUUCUGAAGGGCAGGCACUAUCUACAAUCACUCUGACUGUUAUUGCUGAUGAUGUACCAGAGUUAUCAGAAAUUGUGACUGUAACACUCGUUCGUGUUACCACAGAAGGGGUUGAAGACCUAUCUAAAGGUGCUACCAUUGAUCGGAAAAGAAACAGAUCUGUGAUAACGACUCUGCCCAAUGAUUCACCUUAUGGCUUAGUGGGUUGGCAUGCUGAGUUUCUCUUCAUUAGAGUAGCAGAGCCUAAAGAGAACAUCACCGUUCUUCAGUUACCCAUUGUUCGAGAUAAAGGACUGUUUGGGGACAUUGCCAUUCACUUGAUAGCUAAACCCAAUUUCUUACUGCACAUCGAUAAUCAAGCUACUGAGAAUGAAGACUUUGUGGUACAAGAAACAAUAAUAAUGAUGAAAGAAAACAUGAAAGAAACUUACAUCAAAGUUGCCAUUUUGCCGGAUAAUGCUCCUGAGUUGGAAGAAGGAUUUAUUGUCAACAUCACUGAGGUGUACCUGGUGAAUUCUGACUUCUCUGCAGGACAGCCAAGUGUGCGGAGACCUGGGAUGGAAAUAGUUGAGAUAAUGAUUGAAGAAAAUGAUGAUCCCAGAGGAAUUUUUAAGUUUCAUGUUACCACAGAUUUUGGUGGAGUUAUUACUGCCUAUGAGGUGCCUCCACCACUGAAUAUUAUUCAAAUUCCUGUAGUCCGGAUGGCUGGAAGCUUUGGGGCAGUAAAUGUUUAUUGGAAAGCAACACUGGAUAGUGCUGGCCUGGAAGACUUUAAGCCAUCUCAUGGGAUUCUUGAAUUUGCAGAUAAACAAGUUACUGCAAUGAUAGAAAUUACCAUAAUUGAUGAUGCUGAACUUGAACUCAUGGAGACGUUCACUAUUUCCUUAAUCAGGGUGGCUGGAGGUGGCAGACUUGGUGAUGAUGUUGUGGUAACUGUUGUUAUUCCGCAAAAUGACUCCCCAUUUGGAGUAUUUGGAUUUGAAGAAAAGACUGUAAUGGUUGAUGAAUCUCUUUUGUCUGAUGACCCUGAUUCAUAUGUGACAUUGACAGUUGUCCGGUCCCUAGGAGGAAAAGGAGCUGUUCGACUUCAGUGGACCAUAGAUGAGACAGCUAAAAAUGAUCUCAGGCCUUUGAAUGGGACGCUUCUUUUUGAUGAGACAGAGUCUGAAAAGACCAUUGUGUUGCACACGCUUCAUGAUACUGUGUUGGAGGAGGACAGGCGUUUUACCAUUCAGUUGAUACCAACUGAUGAAGUAGAAAUAUCUCCAGUGAAAGGUAGUGCAUCAAUAAUCAUUCGGGGAGAUAAGGGAACAUCAGGAGAAGUUGGGAUUGCUCCAUCAUCUAAGCAUGUCCUCAUCGGGGAACCCUCAGGAAAAUACAAUGGUACUGCUAUCAUCAGCCUCGUUCGUGGUUCAGCGAUUUGGGGGGAGGUCACUGUGUACUGGAGGAUAUUCCCUCCUUCUGUGGGAGAAUUUGCUGAAAUAUCAGGGAAACUGACAUUGCGAGAUGGACAGUCUGCAGCAGUUGUAAUAAUACAGGCUUUGAAUGAUGACAUUCCUGAGGAGAAGAGCUUCUAUGAGUUUCAGCUCACUGGGGUCAGUGAGGGGGGGAUACUAAGUGAAUCCCGCAGCACUGCUGGUAUCACAGUGGUGGCCAGUGACUUUCCCUAUGGCCGAUUCUCCUUUUCACAUGAGCAACUUCGAGUGUCAGAGGAAGCCAAAAGGGUGAACAUCACAGUCAUCCGUUCAGGUGGAUCAUUGGGUCCUGUGAGACUCUGGUAUGAGACCGUGAGUGGGACAGCAGAGGCAGGCUUGGAUUUUAUCCCUGCGGUGGGGGAGCUGCUCUUUGAAGCAGAGGAGAUGGCAAAAAGUGUGCUGAUUGAAAUACUUGAUGAUGGUCUUCCAGAAGGCCCAGAGGAAUUUUCUCUAGUAAUUACAAAGGUGGAACUCCUGGGAAGCGGGUAUGAUUUUACCAUUCAAGAAAAUGGACUUCAGAUAGAUCAACCUCCUGAAAUAGGAAACAUCUCCAUUAUUCGAAUCAUAAUAAUGAAAAAUGAUAAUGUAGAGGGUGUCAUUGAAUUUGACCCAAGAUACACUGCCUUUGAAGUGGAGGAGGAUGUUGGAGUGAUUAUGAUUCCAGUGGUGAGGCUGCAGGGGACUUAUGGCCGUGUGACUGCUGAUUUCAUCUCUCGGAGUUCCUCUACAGUUCCUGCCGGUGUGGAUUAUAUACUGCAUGGCAGUUCAAUCACCUUUCAGCAUGGACAGAAUUUAAGUUUUAUAAAUGUCUCCAUCAUUGAUGAUAAUGAAAGUGAAUUUGCAGAGCACGUUGAAAUUUUGCUCAUUGGAGCGACUGGAGGAGCGGUCCUUGGGCGCCACCUAGUGAGCAGAAUCACAAUUGCCAAGAGUGACCCUCCGUUUGGCGUUAUAAGAUUUCUUAAUGAAAGCAACAUUUCUGUUCCUAAUCCCCAUUCCACAAUGAUUUUAUCCUUGCUGCUGGAGCGGGCUGGAGGACUCUUGGGAGAGAUUCAGGUGAACUGGGAGAUAUUAGGACCCAAUUCUCAAGAAGCUUUACCACCACAGAACAGAGACAUUGCAGACCCAGUGAGUGGAUCCUUCUAUUUUGGAGAGGGAGAAGGUGGUGUGAGAACCAUCACUCUGACAAUCUAUCCUCAUGAAGAUAUUGAAGUUGAAGAGAUUUUCAUUAUUAAACUUGAACUUGUGAAAGGAGAAGCUAAAUUAGACUCCAGAUCUAAAGAUAUUACUAUAACAAUACAGAAGUUUGGUGAUCCAAAUGGGGUUGUUCAGUUUGCUCCUGAGUCUUUAUCUGAGAAGACCUAUUCAGAGCCGUCAGCUCUGGAAGGGCCCCUGAUCAUUACUUUCUUUGUCAAAAGAGUCAAGGGCAUUUUUGGAGAAAUUAUGGUUUACUGGGAAAUAAGCAGUGAGUUUGACAUUACUGGAGACUUUCUUUCUACAAAAGGAUUUUUCACUAUUGCUGAUGGAGAGAGUGAAGUGAGAUUUGAUGUUCAUCUGCUGCCAGAUGAUAUACCUGAGAUUGAAGAAGAUUAUGUGAUCCGGCUUGUUUCUGUAGAGGGAGGAGCAGAACUGGAUCCAGAGAAAUGCAUCACCCAGUUCUCUGUUUCUGCAAAUGAUGACCCACAUGGAGUAUUUGCUCUGUAUUCAGAUUACCAGUCAAUCCUUGUAGGGCAAAACCUUAGUAGAUUCAUCCAAAUUAAUGUAACCCGGCUUGCUGGAACAUUUGGAGACGUGGCUGUUGGGUUUCGGAUCUCUUCUGACCAAAAGGAGCAGCUAGUUGUUAGUGAAAAUUCAGAGAGGCAGCUGGUGGUCAAAGACGGUGCCAGAUAUAAAGUGGACCUGGUGCCAGUGAGGAGUCAGGUCUUCUUAUCCCUGGGCUCUAAUUUCACCUUGCAACUGCUGACUGUGAUGCUUGUCAGUGGGCGUUUCUACGGCAUGCCAAAAAUUCUCCAGGAAGCAAAAUCCACUGUCCUUCCUGUCCCUGACAAAGCCGCCAAUUCUCAGGUUGGAUUUGAAUCUACUUCUUUUCCACUCACGGACGUCACUGCGGGAACAAGCCACGUUGUGAUUUCUAGGAGAGGCACAUAUGGCUCUCUCGUGGUUGCCUGGGUGGCUGGAUAUGCUCCUGGGUUAGAAAUCCCCGAAUUCAUUGUUGUUGGCAAUAUGACCCCAAAAUUAGGGAGCCUUUCAUUUUCUCAUGGAGAACAGAGUAAAGGAGUCUUGCUGUGGACAUUUCCCAGUCCUGGUCGCCCAGAGGCCUUUGUUAUUCACCUCUCUGGGGUGCAGAGCAGUGCCCCUGGUGGGGCUCAACUUCGAUCAGGGUUCACCUCUGCUGAAAUUGAACCAAUGGGAGUCUUUCAAUUUUCCCCUAGUUCAAGAAAUGUCAUCGUGUCAGAGGAUACACAGAUGAUUAGAUUAUAUGUCCAAAGACUCUUUGGGUUCCACGGCGAUCUUAUUAAAGUUUCUUAUCAGACAACUGCAGGCAGUGCAAAGCCCAUGGAAGACUUUGAGCCUGUUCAGAAUGGGGAACUACUUUUUGAAAAAUUCCAACCUGAGGUCAAUAUUGAAAUAAUCAUUAUUAACGAUCAGCUUCCUGAGGAAGAAGAAAUGUUUUACAUUAAUCUUACUUCAGUAGAAAUGAAAGGAUUACAAAAGUUUGAUGCUGAUUGGAGACCACGCCUGAAUCUAGAUUUCAGUGUGGCAUUGAUCUCAAUAUUGGAUAAUGACGACCUGGCGGGAAUGGGUGUUUCUUUCCCUGAGACAACUGUGGCCAUAGCAGUUGACACAGCUCUCAUUCCUGUAGAAACUGACUUCUCAAGCACAUACCCUGACACAACCACGAUAAAUGCUGUUCCACAGCCCUCUGAAAUGGUUGCCAUUGUUCCUGAGGCAACUGGUGUAUCCGCCAUCCCUGAGAAACUUGUCACUGUCCCUGAUACAUCUGCCUUGCCUGGGAAGCCCGAGGUGUCCACUGUGAAUGCAAAUGUUUCCAUCCAUGGAACAUUUAGUCUUGGGCCACCUGUUGUUUAUGUUGAAGAAGAGGUGAAAAAUGGUACAUCUAAUGCUGUAGAAGUUUUGAUCCGAAGAACUGGUGGGUCUACUGGCAACGUCAGCAUAACAGUUAAAACUUUUGGUGAAAGAUCUUCUCAGAAGGAACCAAAUGCAUUGCCCUUUCAUGAUAUCUAUGGAAUUUCCAACCUAACGUGGGCAACUGAAGAAGAAGAUUUUGAAGAACAAACUGUUACCCUUACAUUUGUAGAUGGAGAAAGAGAACAUAAAGUAUUGGUUCAAAUUUUGGAUGAUGAUGAGCCCGAGGGGCAAGAAUUCUUCUAUGUGUUUCUCACAGACCCUCAAGGAGGAGCACAGAUUGUGAAGGGGAAGGAUGAUGGUGGAUUUGCAGCCUUUGCCAUGGUCAUUAUUACAGGGAGUGAUCUUCACAAUGGCAUCAUCGGAUUCAGUGAGGAGUCCCAGAGUGGACUGGAGCUGGGUGAAGGAGCUGAUAAGAACAGACUGCAUCUUACUGUCACACGGCAACCAAACAGGGCCUUUGAAGAUGUCAGGAUCUUUUGGCGAGUCACAUUUAACAAAACAGCUGCCGUACUCCAGAAAGAUGGUGUGAACCUGAUGGAUGAACUUCUAUCUGUAUCAGGGACCACAACCUGUACAGUGGGUCAAACAAAGUGCCUUGUCACCAUUGAGCUCAAACUGGGGAAGAUACCUCGAGUUGAAAUGCAUUUUUUUGUGGAAUUGUAUGAAGUAAGUGCUGGGGCAGCAAUAAACAAUAGUGCCAGAUUUGCACAAAUUAAAUUCUUACGGAGUGAGAAACCUCAAAGCCUCGUGUAUUUUUCUGUGGGUUCUCGACUGCCAGUGGCUCAUAAGAAGGCCACUUUAAUCAGUUUGCAGGUGGCCAGAGAUGCUGGGACAGGACUAAUGAUGUCUGUUAACUUCAGUACCCAGGAGUUGAGGAGUGCUGAAAAAAUUGGCCGUACGCUCAUCUCUCCAGCUCUUUCAGGGAAGGAUUUUGUGAGAACUGAAGGCACUUUGGUCUUUGAACCUGGCCAGAGGAACACCGUACUGGAUGUCAUCCUAACACCAGACACAGGGUCUUUAAAUCCUUUUCCUAAACGCUUCCAGAUUGUGCUCUUUGACCCAAAAGGUGGGGCCAGAAUUGAUAAAGUAUAUGGGACUGCUAACAUCACCCUCGUUUCUGAUGCGGAUUCACAGUCCUUUUGGGGACUUGCGGAUCAGUUACAGCAGCCCCUGGAUGGUGACAUUCUUAACAGAGUACUCCACAGCAUCAGCAUGAAAGUGGCAAUGGAGAACACAGAUGAACAGCUAAGCGCUGUGAUUCAUUUAACAGACAAGAUAACUAUUGAAGGAAAAAGCCAGGCAUUCAGUAUUGAAAAUCGAAAUCUUUUUUAUGAAAUACUCUGUGCUCUUAUUAACCCAAAGCGCAAAGACACUAGGGGAUUCAGUCACUUCAUUGAAGUGACUGAGAAUUUUGCCUUUUCUCUGCUGGCUGAUGUUACCUGUGGCUCUCCUGGUGAAAAAAGCAAGACCAUCCUUAACAGUUGCCCCUAUUUGUCCAUACUGGCUCUUCACUGGUAUCCUCAACAAAUCAAUGGUCACAAGUUUGAAGGAAAAGAAGGUGAUUAUAUUCGAGUUCCAGAGAGGUUAUUGGAGGUUCCAGAUGCAGAAAUAAUGGCUGGAAAAAGGACUUGUGAAUUAGUCCAGUUUACAGAGUAUAGCAGCCAGCAGUGGUUUAUAACUGGAAACAGUCUUCAUGCCCUGAAAAAUAAGGUACUAUCUUUGAGUGUGAAAGGACAGAGUUCACAACUCUUGACUGACAACAAUGAAGUUCUCUAUAGGAUUUAUGCUGCUGAGCCCAGGAUUAUUCCCCACACGUCUCUGUGUCUCCUUUGGAAUCAGGCUGCUGCAAGCUGGUUGUCUGACAGUCAGUUUUGCAAAGUGGUUGAGGACACUUCAGACUACGUGGAAUGUGCCUGUUCAUACAUGUCCAUGCAUGCGGUCUACGCCGAGACUGACAACUUAUCUUCAUACAAUGAAGCUUUUUUCUCUUCUGGAUUUAUAUGUAUCUCAGGUCUUGGCCUGGCUGUCCUUUCCCAUAUCUUCUGUGCCAGGCACUCCAUGUUUGCAGCUAAGCUUCUGGCUCACAUGAUGGCAGCCAGCUUAGGUACACAGAUUGUGUUCCUGGCUUCUGCAUAUGCAAGUCCCCAACUCACAGAUGAGAGCUGUUCGGCCAUGGCUGCUGUCACACAUUAUCUGUAUCUUUGCCAGUUCAGCUGGAUGCUCAUUCAGUCUGUGAAUUUCUGGUACGUACUGGUGAUGAACGAUGAACACUCAGAGAGGCGAUAUCUGCUAUUUUUCCUUCUGAGUUGGGGACUUCCAGCUUUUGUGGUGAUUCUCCUCAUAGUUAUUUUGAGAGGAAUCUAUCAUCAGAGCAUGCCACAGAUCUAUGGACUCAUCCAUGGUGACCUGUGUUUCAUCCCAAACAUCUAUGCGGCUCUCUUCACUGGGGCUCUUGUUCCUUUAACGUGCCUUGUGGUAGUGUUUGUGGUGUUCAUCCAUGCCUACCAGGUGAAGCCACAGUGGAAAGCAUAUGACGACAUCUUCAGAGGAAGAACAAAUGCUGCAGAAGUCCCGCUGGUUUUAUAUCUCUUUGCCCUGAUUUCUGUGACAUGGCUUUGGGGAGGCCUGCACAUGGCUUACAGACACUUCUGGAUGUUGGUCCUCUUUGUCAUUUUCAACAGUCUACAGGGACUUUAUGUUUUUGUGGUUUAUUUCAUUCUGCACAACCAGACGUGCUGCCCUAUGAAGGCCAGCUACACAGUGGAAAUGAAUGGACACCCUGGACCCGGCACAGCCUUCUUCACACCAGGGAGUGGCAUGCCUCCUGCUGGAGGGGAAAUCAGCAAGUCCACGCAGAACCUUAUCAGUGCUAUGGAGGAGGUGCCACCUGAUUGGGAGAGAGCAUCCUUCCAACAAGCCAGUCAGGCCAGCCCUGACCUGAAGCCAAGUCCGCAGAAUGGCGCCACAUUUCCUUCCUCUGGAGGAUAUGGCCAGGGAUCACUAAUAGCUGAUGAGGAGUCCCAGGAGUUUGAUGACUUGAUAUUUGCAUUAAAAACUGGUGCUGGUCUCAGUGUCAGUGAUAAUGAAUCGGGUCAAGGGAGCCAGGAGGGAGGCACCUUGACUGACUCCCAGAUCGUAGAACUCAGGAGGAUACCCAUUGCUGACACCCACCUCUAGCGCCUUAGUGACCAUUAGAAUGAUACUUUCGUAUUUGUAUUGGUUUUGAGCUAAAACUCUAAUUUUUUACAUACAGCUCUAUAAUAGGAACCUAUGAAUUGUACUGGAUGAUUAACCCAGAAGUGAUUGUUGUGUUGGGAAUAUGAGUUACUUAUCUUUGUGCAACCUGAAAAUUCAUUGCUAUGAAGAAGACUGGAUCAAUUUCUAUCCCUUAUACCAUAUAUUCCAAGAAUACUAGUUGUUUUUUUAAUCAUCCUGCAUGGCUAACGUUGUUUAAUAAAAGUAAUAACGAUCAAUAAAAACAAUAGAAUCCA